AUGGCCGUGGAGAAAUCGACCGAUAGAAUGGACGAGGAGAAGGGCCUCGCCAGUGGCGUAGAUGCCGAGGUAGUAGACGCUGAUGCCUUGGCUGUUCAAUGGCUUUGUGGAUGGUCCAGAUAUGUUACGAGGAAAAGGCUUCCUGGGGCUGCGAUAUGGUUGGAGCUUAUAGCAAUUGCUCUAUUAAUUACAAUGUUGUACCAACAGCAGCAUAUGUUGACAUGCUUGGGGUUGGCAAUGUUCAGAUUUGGUAAUGGAGCUGCUUUGCCUAAUACCACUCUACCUUCAUAUGUAUUUGAUUAUGCACCACUCGUCUGGUUAGAUCAAUCAGAAAUGUAUUUUCCUUCGGAUAUAUACGCUCAGGUCCUCAAUACUAAACCUUAUGUCAACCGUUCGUUGAUACCCGAGGACACUCUUCCAUCCCCUCUCAAUCUCGAGACGAUUGAUCAGCUAAACAAUUGGGGCACAGAAGUCUAUUUAACAUCCACAGUCGAUAUCACCACCUCCCCUACCUUCCUAACCGGAGUUGUCCCUUCUUCCACAACCGGUCGCACUCAAGAUGCCAUCUCCUGUUCCGUCAUCCUUACCGAUCAUGGAGAUGGUUUGGUCGAUGUCUUCUACAUGUAUUUCUAUGCCUACAAUCAAGGAAAUACAGUACUUGGUCAAGAGUUGGGUAACCAUAUAGGAGAUUGGGAACAUAAUAUGAUUCGUUUCGUAAACGGUACUCCUCAAACAGUCUGGUACUCGCAACAUGCAAACGGACAAGCUUUCAAGUAUUCAGUAGUUGAGAAGAGUGGAAAGAGACCAAUUGCUUAUUCGGCGAGAGGAAGUCAUGCUAAUUAUGCGAUUUCGGGGACCCAUGAUCAUACGAUCCCGGAUUUAAAUUUGCCAGCCGGAUUACUACAAGAUUAUACAUCGAGAGGAACAAUAUGGGAUCCAGUUCUCUCAUCGUAUUUCUACACAUACGAUGCUACGACCAAGGAAUUCUCAAAAGCAAGUGAGGAUAGUCCAGUACAGGCGAUGGAGUAUUUGGGAAAAUGGGGGGAUGCUCAGUAUCCUGAGGAUGAUAAGAGACAGAGUAAAUUCUUUGGCUUCUGGAAGUAUGUGGGAGGACCGACGGGACCGGUGACUAAGGGGUUGGUGAGGGAGAAGGUUUGUCCUGACAAUGGGAUUUUGUGUAUUGUGAGGGAUAUUUUGGGUCCUUAG